UAAACCAAUUCUCUACGUCUUCAUUUUUUUUCAUUGAUUUGUGUACAUGAUUUGGUACAAUUGUAUUAUUAUUUAUUUGAUACCAAAUCUAUUUCUACUAUUCCUUCGCUGAACGUAUACCUUCUCCUCUAAUUUAUUCUGUAUUUGUAAAUUAUUUUUAAAUCGGGAAUAGUGAUUCUAAUAAACAACUGUAAGGAGUUUUACUAAUAUCUGAAAGUCAUAACUGUCAAUGUCAAAAAAACAAUUAAACGUCACCCUUUAUUGAUUUUAUAUUUGUAUUAAUAAUAUACAAUGCAUACAAUUGGCUUACCCAGAACCUGUUUAGGAUUCACAAACAUACUUUUCUUUUUAUUCGGCGUUGUUACUUUCGCUGUCUGUGUGUGGUGCGUCAUCAAUACUGAUUUUUUCCGGGAAGUUAACUACACUGUGACCAAGAGCUCCUUGGUGUCGGUGGUUGCAAAUUUCGUUAACUUGAAAUUAUGGUUCACCCCCUUGACCUCGAUCCUUAUACCGAUAGCUUUGUUGACAAUAUUCACGUCCUGCUGUGGCAUAUUCGGAGCUGGCUGUAAAAUGAAAUGUGCGAUAAAAUCAUACAUUUUUUUGGUCAGCGCCAUAUCUCUGACGGUUUUCUGGCUCAUAUUUGUAUCAUUUGUCUAUAAUGUGUAUACGAACAAUGAGAGAACUCGCAGCUUCAUGCGUUCAACUAUCGUCAGCAACUAUGGCAAAGAGAACGAUCUCAUCACAAACACGUGGAACUAUAUAAUGGUGACGUACGAGUGUUGUGGUGUGGUCGAUUACAGAGACUUUUUGGAUUCCAAAUGGCAGAAAACGAAUCUAGACAAACUUUAUCCUAUCCAAUGUUGUAAAUUGUUGAAUAAAACUAGCCUUGAACCUAUAUACAAAGAUUGUGCCACGAAUCACGACCGCGAUGAAGAUACUAACAAAAAUGUCGGUUGUUUCAAGGUACUCAGAAUAGCGAUAUCUACUAACAAGGGAAAGAUUGUCUUCUAUAUUAUCCUCUUUGUUGUGGCCUAUUCGGUAUUGAUCCUUUUUGCAUAUUGCAUUAUUCGCGGCGAGCCUCUGCUAGCUGCUGUAACAGGAAACCUAGCUUCAAUACUACCGAACCGUAAAGAAGAUAAUGCUAAAAGAGUACCCUCAAAUUCCUCUUUGGAUAAUAUGUUGUUCGUAGAAGAACCCCCAAAGAAAGUAGUUAAAGUUGUGUCUACGAUGAAUCCCUUUCAAACUUACAAAUUUAGCCCCAAUAGCUACAACACGAUGGAAUCAAAUUAUCCCAAAAGCAUCAGAUCUUAAAUAAAAUAAAAUAAAGUAACAUAACAAACGUUCACGUGUUUUAUUUGUAUGUCCCUGGUAUAAGUUAACUAUUCAUGUCACCAAAAAAAAAAAACUAUCCUAU